AUGGACCAGGGUGUGGUAGAGGUUCCAGCUUCCCUUACACCUGAUGUGGCAGGAAGAAACUAUGUGCUGGCAAACGGUACUUCAGUGGGACCUGAGAAACAGAAAAAGGAGCAUCUUCCAGAAGCAUGUCCCACCAGUCAGAGAAUAUCCCAAAGGAGCUCCAGCAGUGCCUUCUGGAAGAUCUCCAAGGGCCCAGUGGCUCAGAGGAAGGCAGAAGACACCAAAUCCAUCUCAAAUGUCAAAGAACCAGUAGCAGGCCAGCACCAGAUGCCAAGGUCUAGAGGGCCUGGAUCUUCCCGAAAGACCAUCAAAGCCAGCUGUGAAAAAUCCAAGGAGACCUGUGGCAGAUUAAGUGCCAAAGAGUCCUCAGCAUCAUUAGGGCCAGAUAUGAAAGCAGAAUGGAAGCUCCUUCUGGAGGACAAAGAAAGCUUGAUCCAUGCCAACAACAAAUAUAAAUUUGCCAGUGCAGCUGAGCUUACCAGUGGUGAAGAGGAACGGCGAGCUCUGUGCGAGGCAGCAUUAAUCAUGGGACAGAAAAGACUCAGCGACCGUACUAAAAUGCUAAACCCCUUGAACUCUACAUCUUUUGCUGAUUACAACCAGCUGGGUUUUAAUCUGAGAUCAAACAUCUUCCAAGGUGGCCCACUGGAGAGCCGAAGCUUGAUGAAAGAUUCCUAUACCCCUGAUAUAAUUCAGAAGGUAGUCAGGGAUCCCAAGAACUGGCAUGGAAGGAGGACUGAUGAGCUAGGGAAAUGGCAUCAGAAAAAUGCCCUAAAUCUAAACCUGCAGAAAGCAUUGGAGGACAAAUAUGGGAAGAAAAAAGGCAAGCCUUAA